GUCCUGGUGGGCCGGGGUCAGGGUUUCACACCUUCCAGAGUGAUAGGCUGCGACGUGGGGCCUGAUGGGCGCUUUCUGUGCCGGUACCUUCGUGAUGCCUAUGAUGGCGUAGAUCACAUCACCCUGAAUAAGGACCUGUGCUCCUGGACCGAGGCAGACUCCACCGCGCAGAUCACCCGUCUGAAGUGGGAGGCGACUGGUGUGGCCCAGCGGUACUGGAACUACAUGGAGGGCAGAUGCAUGGAGUGGCUCCACAGGCACCUGGAGAAGGGGAAGGAGAUGCUGCUGCGCACAGAACCCCCCAACACACAUGUGACCCGCCACCCCAUCUCUGACCAUGAUGUCACCCUGAGGUGUUGGGCCCUGGGCUUCUACCCUGUGGAGAUCACUCUGACCUGGCAGCAUAAUGAGGAGGACCUGACCCAGGACACAGAGCUUGUGGAGACCAAGCCCACAGGGGAUGGAAACUUCCGCGACGACAACGACGAUUCCGACGAGGUCAUUCCCAAGAAGGCCGCUCCGGACGAGGCUGCUCCGCACGAGGCUGCUCCGCAGAUGAGGCCGCUCCCUGGGCCGCUCACCAAGGAGGCCUCUUCCCAGACGAAGCCGCUCCCCGGAAUGACACAGCUCUGGCGAGGCAGCGGCUCAGGGUUCACGGCGAGGUUGCUGGCGUCUAGGCCGUUCCCUGCGGCACCGCUGCCGAGGGUCGUGGUGUGUGGGCAGGGCCACUGGCAUCGGGGCUGCUGGUGUCUUGGUGCCGCAGGCUUCUCGGGGCCGCUGGCGGCGCAGGACCGCUGGCGGCGCUUAUAG